UCUUUAAAGACAAGGGAGAACGCCAUUUUGCGCGGAUCCUCACACCGACCGCGACGAGUCCUCGACUUCUGGAUUCGCACACCAUGUUGUCCAUGCAGCAGGGCGCCGUGUCCUCGGACGUGCUGGCGGCCGCGCAGCUCGAGUUGGGACACAACCCGAACGCGUUGGCCCUCCGCCGGCCGUUCGAUCCUGUGGCGCACGAGUUGGACGCCAGCUUCCGACUCACUCGUUUUGCUGAUCUCAAAGGAUGAGGGUGUAAGGUCCCUCAGGAGAUUCUGAUGAAACUCCUCGAGGGACUGCAGCAAGACGAGCACAAUGCCCAGGACCACGACGCCCACUUCAUGCUCAUGGCCAUCCCCAGGAUCGGAAUUGGCAUGGAUGCUUCAGUCACCCCUCUGCGCCACGGAGGCCUUUCCCUGGUCCAGACCACCGACUUCUUCUACCCAAUAGUCGACGACCCUUACAUCAUGGGCAAAAUUGCUUGUGCUAACACCUUGAGUGACCUGUUUGCCAUGGGAGUGACCGAGUGUGAUAACAUGCUCAUGCUCCUUGGCGUGUCUACCAAAAUGACGGAGAAGGAGAGGGACGUUGUGGUUCCCUUGAUGAUGAGAGGCUUCAAGGAUUCGGCCUUGGAGGCGGGCACGACAGUCACGGGCGGCCAAACCGUCCUCAACCCCUGGUGUACCAUCGGCGGAGUGGCCACCACGGUUUGCCAGCCUAAUGAAUACAUAGUGCCUGACAAUGCCGUCGUGGGAGACGUCCUGGUGCUCACCAAACCUUUAGGAACUCAGGUCGCAGUCAGCGGACACACUUGGCUCGACCAGGCCGACAGGUGGAAUAGAAUUAAGUUGGUUGUUUCCGAGGAUGAUAUGAGAAAGGCCUACCAACGCUCUAUGGACUCGAUGACUAGAUUAAAUAGAGUUGCUGCGCGCCUGAUGCACAAAUACAACGCCCACGGUGCCACGGACGUGACCGGCUUUGGUUUGUUGGGCCACGCCCAGAACCUUGCCAGGCACCAGAAGAACGAGGUGUCCUUUGUCAUCCACAACCUGCCCGUGAUCGCCAAGAUGGCCGCCGUGGCCAAGGCGUGCGGAAACAUGUUCCAGCUCCUUCAAGGCCACUCGCCGGAAACCUCGGGAGGUCUGUUGAUCUGCCUGCCGAGGGAGCAGGCGGCCGCCUACUGCAAGGACAUCGAAAAGCAAGAGGGUUACCAGGCGUGGAUCAUCGGCAUCGUCGAGAAGGGCUCGCGCACCGCCCGCAUCAUAGACAAGCCCAGGGUGAUCGAAGUUCCCGCCAAGGAGAAGGACGGCGAGUUGUGGUAGAAAGAAAGCUGGAGGCGAAAGGCAGCCUGGCCCGAAUGCUCGGCACACGCUUUCGGGGCCGCCUCCCUUUCGCCGACAUAUCACUCUUAUUAAUUCCUUGAUAGGUUGUGAGCCAUUGUGAAAAGCAACCUCAUCCGGCUCUUUUAUUUUAAGAAGAUAUAAAUAGAUUUUGAAUUCUUUUCACCGCUUGUUCUAUUGGUUUUGUAAGAAAAGACGAAAAUUUGUAAUAAAAUAUGUCUGGACUGUAACAUCAGCAGAGUAUUAAUAAAUUCUGGCAGAUUUUACUGAUAAA